AUGAACAACAUCAUGGACGCCGAGUUCAUCGAUGUCCCGGUCGAGGAUGCAUACUACUCUACAUUCGUUGUCAACAAAUACUCAAGCACUCCUUCCAUACAAGACUCUGCGUACUCGUCUCCUCGGCCUUCGCCGCCAUGGCCGUCUUCAGAGAGUAUCAGCGAUAGCUGCAGCGGCACAUGGUCUUCGCCAACACCGAGUAUUGCAUAUUCGCCAUCACCGAAACCAACACACUACCGCAAUAUCUAUCCCACUUGGUCCUCUCAAGAAGGUACUCAUUACAGUCUCCAGCCUUUCACAUCCCUCAACCAGGUUCAAUUCCAGGUCGAUGCUUCUACAUACACCCAGGGAGAAGCUGCUGGUCUACCGUACUACCAAGACCAAUAUCCUCACACUCACAUUCUUGAUGCCCAAGCACUUAGCUUCGCCGGUCUUGGUGAUUGGACGACGGUAGAGUACCCUCGUUCAUCAUCCGAGCAGAUCCUGGAGUCGUCACCGGCCCCUUCCUCAACGACAGCUGCCAUUGUCAUUUCUCGCCACCACUCUCCAGAACGCAACAUCCAUCCUCAGAUCAAACAAGAAGAGCCAGAAGAACACCAUCAUCAUACCUGUCUGGAGUCAUCAAUCAGUAAGAAACAUACCGCCAAAGCAACAACAGCUUAUCCAUGUCCUUUCCUCCCAUACGGCUGUCCAGCAACCUUUUCUUCCAAGAACGAGUGGAAGCGUCAUCUCAACACUCAACACCUAUCUCUUAGCACAUACCGCUGCGACCUUUGCAUCCCUAGACCGUCGUCUCCCUCUUCCUCAUCGCCGACGCAAUCCAACGACUUCAAUCGCAAAGACCUGUUCAUACAACAUCUGCGCCGUAUGCAUUGCGAUGCCACAAUCGAUUCUGCAUCUUCAGUAUCGAAUCCAACACAUACCGCUCUCAGGGCACAAAGAUAUCAUUGUGCAUCCAUACCAAACACGCCUGCCGCUCUCGCCGAGCAAGCACGUCGCUGCCACAUACCUCCUCCUUCUCCACCGUCGUCCACAAGCUGUGUGUUUUGCUGUUGCUCCUUCUCCGGUCCACAAGCGUGGGUCCAACGCACCGAACACAUCUCCCGCCACUUGGAGAUCCUCCGUCGCGAUGGCAAAGAAGUACCCACAAUACAAGACUGGAGGAGAGAUAUCGAGUUAGAGCAAUGGUGCUUGAAAUAUAAAGUACUGUUUCUCCACCGUAGCAGGGGUGGCAAGGAAACAGUCAGAGUUAAGAGUGGAAGAGGAAGAUCAUGAUUAUGAUUAUAAUUCUGUUCUUCCAUUUUUCUUGUGUUUGUUGCUUGUAAAUGAUCGUAUGCGGUAUUAUGAUUUGUGGAUAUGAUAUGAUAUGACGGGGAUGGGAUAGAUGACAUUUUAUGAUUAUGACGAAAUAGAUACCCC